CUGAAUUGAAGGAAUCCGUUUCUUUAUCGAAGCUGUACUUAAGAUAUUGAAGUGCAUGAUGCAUAAGGUCCAGGUAAUCUUUGAUUGCUUUGUGACAGUGGUCGUAUUCAUUCCUGUAGCAGCUGCAGAAGCAGAUCUCCAGUUUACAAUGACGCCUUCUAAUCCAACCUAUGUUAAUCAUGGAAGCACUGCAAAACUGGUGUGGGGCUACAGUGACUCAAACAAUGAGCUUCAAGCCAUUAUCUUUAGUGUGGAGGUGGAUGGUAUUAGAGAAAAAGGAUUUAAACGAAUGAUGGUUAAAAGAAAUGGCGUUGUUCAGGGACAUCCAGAUUUACCUCCUGUUUAUAAAGGGAGAGUCAGGAUUGAAGGAAUUGCCACCUUAGUCAUUGAGAACAUAACCACCCUAGACAACACUCGGUUUAGAUGUCAGUUGAUUGGCUCCAAACGCGAUAGGAAAAGUCUCGUUCAGCUUAUUGUGGCGGCUACUUUAAACUUCAUCUCCCCAUAUACUGGAAGGGGUAUAACUACAAGAGUUGGUUCGUCCCUCAACUUUUCAUGGAUCUUCAAAGCUGUAAACGGCUUUAGUUACAUUCGUUUUGGCAUCUUGACUUCCCUUAGUCAAAGAGAUAUUGACAGUAAUAACGUACUAGUAUGGAUAGAAAAUGAUGGUACCGUCUUCAUAAAGGCCAGACAUGUUGCUGGCUGUUGGAAUAACAAGACAGAUCCUGGUCAGGUGACAUUUACCAUGAGUUCAAUUCAAGCACAAAAUGGCGGACCGUUUGGUUGUCAAAUUAUGCCUAGAUUCCUCCAUUUGAGGUCGAUCUUAGACCCGGUAAACUUGGUUGUCAUUGAAGCAGAAGUUCAGUUUACAAAAAGGCCUUCUAGUCCAACCUACGUUAAGAAUGGAAGCACAGCCAAACUGGUGUGGGACUACAUCGACCCAAACAAUGAUUUCGAUGGUAUUAUCUUUAGCGUUUUAGUGGAUGGAAAUCAAGGUAAAGAGUUUAAACCAAUGCUGUACAAACAGUAUGGUGUUAUUGCAAACCAUUCAAGCAUACCUGCUCUUUACCAAGGAAGGGUCAGGAUGGAAGGAAAUGCUACACUAGUUAUUGAGAAGAUAACACCGAAAGACAACACUGAAUUUAGAUGUGAAAUAUUUGGUGAACUUUCAAAGAGAAGCACUAUUCAGCUUAUCGUGGCAGAACCACCAAAGAUAAGUCUGUCAUCAGUGCAGGGAAUUUAUCGAGAGGGAUCCUUCGUUAAUGUCAAUUGCACAGCAUCCGGAGUUCCAGAACCAGCUGUUACUUGGAUCAGAGACAGAACAGUGAUAAGUUCAGGGAAGGGAGUUGCACUUUUGAAGUUCAACAGCCUAAGAAGAACGGAUGAAGGAUGGUAUUUAUGUAAAGCAAGCAACACUGCUGAUACCAUAACCAAUUCCACUGUAAUCCUGGUCUACUACCCUCCAACCAUACAAAUUGUGACUACUUCAUCCGGUUAUUCUGGUAUUGGUCAGAAGGUGACUUUGAAGUGUCUUUCAGACGGUAUUCCCACACCAACACUCACCUGGUACAAACCAAAUGAAAAAGAAAUACACAGAAUCAGAGCCAGAGAAAACAAAGCAGAAGUGACGCUUAGGGAAGAUCAAGAUUUUGGUGACUACAAGUGCAUUGCUGUCAAUGGACUGAGUCCGUCUGACGAAAGAAUUGUCAAAAUAACACAGAUAAAAAAACCAGGUGCACCAUCCAUAGUAUCAUCAGAAGAAAGUAUUCAAGCCAGUUCACUAACAGUACGAUGGACUGCACCAGCUGAUGAUGGAGGGAGUCCUAUCACAGGAUACAUGGUCAUUAUACUAAAGGGUGACGCUGAGAUGAAAAGUGUUAAUAUUACCGAUCCUGGUAAAACAAGUUAUACUUUUGGUGGUUUGAAGAGAGAUACAAGCUAUGCGGUAAAAGUGUUUGCAAGGAAUGUUAUGUUUGAAGGAGAUCCUGUUGUAACCAUGGUGAAGACAAAGUUUGAAGGUCCCCCAGCAGCAGUGGAAAUAUAUGGCCGGCCCAGAGAAACAACAGAUGGUGAAAUCACCUUGAAGUGGAGGGAGCCAGAAGAUAAUGGAAGAAAAAUUACACAGUACACUGUGUACCAAAGAUUAGUGACUGACGGGAAAGUAGGAGAGUGGACAGUCGUAAGGAAAAUCAGGGAAGUUUCAAUUAAUAAAUUGACGGUCAAGUUAGAGAGAGGCAAGGUGUAUGAAUUUACAAUCACUGCCACAAAUGAACUUGGUGAAAGUUUGGUCGAAGAGACGAUGGUCAAAAGAGUUAAAGUUGUAGAUCUACAAAACAACAACCAGAGAGGCAAUGAUGAUAUUGAUCAGCUCAAGAAGAAUGCAAGUGCUCAUGUCGUGACGUCAUGUAUAUAUCCAUAGUUGGAGUGCUUGUCUUAGUAAUCCUUGUGUUGUUCAAUUACAUUAUCUG